GAACUUAGAAGCACUGUGCCUGUAUGCCUGCUUUGCGAGUCGUUUCCACAAAACUUCUUUCGCCUGCGUGCAAGAGCAUUAAUGGACCUUUAAAUUUCUACUUGGACAGCAUGGCGGCAAUCAGUAGCAAUGGACUCUACCGCACGCGGACGCACUUCGCCGUGGAGCUGCACCCAAGCACUGUUUCCGACGUGUUGGGCGGCGUCAAGGAGCAGCUAAACGCUCAUCUACUUAGAUACGUCGACGAGUUCGAGGGAGUGCUUGUGGCCUAUUCAAAUGUGCAGAUUCUCACAAAGCAGCCUGUCAUCCACCCGUACUUCCCCUACUUCCACCUCGACGUGCGGGCGGACGUGCUGCUCUUCAAGCCAUCGCCCGGCAUGACUCUGGUGGCUCGUGUGAACCACCUGGGCGAGGACUACAUCAGCGCCCUGGCCCUGGGCGUGUUCAACGUCACCAUACCCACACGGGCCGUCAUGCCGGAGCUGCACUUCCUCCGAGAGGAAAACAAGUGGAUUCACAAGGUCACGCCGCAGCACCAGAUCCACGAGCACAGCUACAUCGUGUUCCGAGUGGAGGAUGUCAAGGACAACGGCGGCUUCUUCCAGAUCAGCGGCUCCAUGCGGGAGCCCGCCACCGGCGCCGCGGACUUCCUGCACCCGGGCGUGCAGCUGCCGGAGCCGCCGGCGGGGUGGCCGGCAGACCCGGUUGCCUCUCCACGCGAGGACGAGGACGGGGAUGUGGUCAUGGGUGGCGAGGGCGCGACGCCGUCGGGGCGGGGGCUGGCGGCGCUAGCUGCCGCUACUGCAGCGGUGGCGGCAGCAAAUGGCAAGCCGGCACAUGGGAGCAAGGAGAGGCACGGCAAGGAGGGGAAAGACGGAAAGGGCAGCAAGCGGGAACACGGGGCGGAUGGCGAGGCUGCGGCGAAAAAGCGGAGAAAGACGGACGCGGGCGCAGUCCCGGUUGGGGAGGCGACGCCAGGAGCCGCGGCGGCGCCGGCUGCGGCAGCAGUAGCAGCAACGGCCGCAGCAACACCAGCGGCAGCGGCAGCCGGGCCAGACUCGACGAAGGAAAAGAAGGACAAGAGCGAAAAGAAGAAGGAGAAGGAGGAGAAGAAGGAGAGGGAGGAGAAAAAGAAGGAGAAGGCGGCCAAGAAAAAGGAAAAGGAGGAGAAGAAGAAGGGCAAGGCGGUGGCGCCGGCGCUGUCUGCGCCGCCGCAAGUCGGUGCGGCGACAGCAGCCGGAGCUGUGCCGUCAGCGGCGGGGCCCGCGCACACCACCGGGGCGGUGGCGAACGGCGGUGCGGUGACCGCGGCGACGCCACAGAUAGCCACCGCAAACGGUGUGACGCCCGUGGCAGACGCGUCUAAGAAGAAGGACAAGAAGGAUAAGAAGGAAAAGAGCGGAAAGAAGGAGAAGAAGGAGAAGUCCAGUAGGAAGGAGAAGAAGACGGCAAGCGGGUAGCGUCUGUUACUUGAGGACGGUCCACUUGACGUGGUGGGGUUCGAGGCGAUGCUGUAAUCAUGAGGGCUCAUUGCGUUAGUUAGGCAUUUGACCAUUGCCCCCAGAAAGGCACAGCGGGCGUGUGGGGAGCCACUUCUGUGCAUGCCGUAUGCUGCAGGGACGGCAUAGGCAGGCAUGCGGCACAGGUGCAUUGUCGUGCGGUGUAGCAUGACGGGACCUGGUGGUGGACUAGACUAACAAGACGGGACUUGAUUACACGGGACUUGACACACGUGUGGUGCUUCCGACAUGUGCGGCUUACGAUGGCGGUUGUGGGACACCGACCGCGUGUGACAAGCGCUUACGGAUAGCUGGAGCGAGACGAACAGGCAGACGCAGGAUGUGUGCAGCAGUGAGAUGUGUGACCUCUGGGUAGGUGUGACCUGAGCCCAGCUCACUUCUUGGGCAGGCCGGCAACAACGAACGCGGCAUGCGCUGUGCCGCAGUUGAUGCAGCUGGCAAGGUGCCACACCCCACCACAGCAGCGGUGACGGGCGUUGGGUGUCAUGUGUGGAAGCUCAGGAUGUGCGCGUCAUAAUGUGUUUGGUGCGAUGCAGCGGAUACGGCACGCAGGGUGUGUUUGAAUGGGUAUGUAUCGGUUGGGGUGAGGAGUCAGGAACCUCAGCUGGGUGACUGGGUGAGCACCAUGGCGAACAUCUCAAUUCUCGAGCCACGCCGGCCACGCACGCAACUUUGUACAACGCAAGCAGGACGCAAGCUUGCCACCGUCGAUUCGUCAUGUUGUGACUCGCCCAGCCAGGUGCUAGCUACUGUGCAUACGGCUUUUCACACUGGCAAGCACUGGCCAUACUGUCAGUCUGUCACGCCAUAUACGGCGAGUUCGCGUGCCCCGCGGGUUCUGUACCAGUAAACGCUUUUGUAGCAUGAGACUGCGGCAGUCACGUAUUGCGAUAGGUCUGGAUAGUUAAUCGCUGGCUACCGUCCCCUCCUUUCCGAGCAUUAAUGAGGCACAUCUGUA